CCAUCUUAGCUCCGGGCAGAGGCUUUGAGGGACAUUGGGCCAGGCAACACGGAGCCGGAGGAGGAGCCGGAGGAGGAAGAAGCGGGGAAAUGACUCCGUCGGCACCAUCUUAGCUCCGGGCAGAACAAGGGAGUGGAUGCUGUGAGGGACAUUAAGCCAGGGAACGCGGAGCGGACUCCGGCGGCGCCAUCUUAGUUCAGGGAGGAAGCUUUGAGGGACAUUAGUACAGCAGGGAACACGAAGCGGAAUAAAGAAGCGGGGAAUGACUCCGUCGGCGCCAUCUUAGCUCCGGGCGGAAGGGAGCGAGUGGUGCCGGCGAGGGACAUUAGGCUGGGAAACGCGGAUCGGGAGACGUGGAGCUGAGGCCGCCAUGGCUGCCUCCUCCUCGUCGUCGUCCUCCUCCAGCGGCGGCACCAACCUGCUGUUCUCCUCGUCGGCCACGGAGUUCAACUUCACGGUGCCCUUCAUCCCCGUCAGCCAGGCGCCUCCGCCUCCCCCUGCCGCCGCCGCCUCCGCCUCCUCCUCUGGGCCCCAGGGCCUCCUUCCCUCAGAUGAUGCCCCUGAUGUUGGUGAAGAAGAUAGCUUCCUGGGCCAGACUUCUGCAACUCCAAAUCCCCCACCAACAUUCAGUUAUUUCUCCCAAGUUCCUAGCAGUAGCGAUCCCUUUGGAAGCAUUGGGCAGCCCCCCUUAGGAAUGACAUCCCCACCACAAACUGGGACGUCUGUUUUCUCUAAGCCUUCAGUUUCUCUUCCACUUCUGCCUGGAUCACAGGAUGGGCCAAGUGCUUUCUCAACAGCUUUUUCCAAAUCACAGUCUCUUAACACGCCACCGACUUCACUACAAGGAAUUAGUUCGUACCAAGCACCCCAACAGAGUGGACCCCCACCAACUGGCUUUUCAACUCCGCAUGGCACGCCACAGCAAGGCUACAACCCAUAUCGUCAUACUACUUUGAGCAGUAGAGCCAAUCCUUAUAUCACUCCCCCACAGCUCCAGCAGAGUCAGCCACCGACCCAGAGUGUACAGCCAUCAUCACCUGUACCACCUGUCCAAAUGUUCCCAACUCCUCCAGGGCCACUGCCACCAUUAUCUUCACCACAGUCAGCAAUGUCACCUCAGGCCUCCAUGCCAGCAGGUGCAUUGGUGAAAGCACCUCCCAUCUUUUUGCAAAACCAGUAUGAACCAGUUCAGCCCCAUUGGUUUUAUUGCAAGGAGGUAGAAAACAAGGAGCUCUGGAUGCCAUUCAGUCUUCUAGAUUCUGCAGCUCUAGAGGAAGUUUAUAAUUCUGUGCAACCUGAUCCAGAGAAUGUGGUCUUGAGUACUGAUGGAGGUCGUUAUGAUGUUUAUCUCUAUGACCGAGUAAGGAAAGCUGUGUAUUGGGAAGAAGAGCAUUCUGAAGUGAGACGAUGUACUUGGUUUUAUAAAGGAGACAAUGACAGCAGGUUUGUUCCUUAUACGGAGGAUUUCAGUGAAAAGCUGGAGGCAGAAUAUAAGAAAGCUGUUACCACAAAUCAGUGGCAUCGACGACUGGAAUUUCCGGGUGGCGAAACUAUUGUUAUGCAUAAUCCUAAGGUUAUAGUUCAGUUCCAGCCUUCUGCUAUACCAGAUGAAUGGGGUACCACACAAGAUGGUCAGACCAGACCAAGAGUGGUGAAACGCGGGAUUGAUGAUGAUCAUGAGGAAAUUCCAAAUGGUGAAGGUUCUCAAAUUGACCACUUGGUAUUUAUGGUCCAUGGGAUUGGCCCUGUCUGUGAUCUCCGAUUCAGAAGCAUAGUUGAAUGUGUGGAUGAUUUUCGGACAGUGUCACUGAAACUGUUGCAGACACAUUUCAGGAAGUCAUUGGAGGAGCAUAAAAUGAAUAGGACUGAGUUCUUGCCUGUUCAUUGGCAUAGCGCUUUGCAUGGAGAUGCAACAGGGGUGGAUAGGAAUAUAAAAAAAAUAACAUUGCCAACUAUUGGACGACUGCGUCACUUCACCAAUGAGACUCUACUUGAUAUUUUGUUUUACAAUAGCCCCACCUACUGUCAAACAAUUGUGGAUAAAGUAGGAUUGGAGAUGAACCGUCUGUAUGCACUUUUCAUGAGCAGAAACCCUGACUUUAAAGGAGGAAUCUCUGUUGCUGGUCAUAGUUUAGGUUCUUUAGUAUUAUUUGACAUUCUGUCCAACCAAAAAGAUUGGUUGGGUUCUGUGGUUAAUUCUGUGACUCCUGUUGCUGCCAAUGGUGUUUUGAUGGAUGUGGCUGAGAAUGAACCUCAGAUGACGUUGGAUUCUAAUUCUGCUGGUACUGUGCCAUCUCUUUCAAAUGAUGAAUGUGGUGAUCAUGCUAUGGAAGAUGACAUUCCAACCUUGCAGAGAACUCUGGAAAUGCUUAGCUUAUCUGAGUAUAUAAGCACAUUUGAAAAGGAGAAGAUUGAUGCAGAAUCUCUGCUGAUGUGUACAAUUGAUGACCUGAAGGAAAUGGGAAUACCUCUUGGGCCACGAAAGAAAAUUGCGAACUUUGUGAAAGACAGAGCAGCCAAACAGGAACAGAAAAAAGCAGCACUGGAGAAAAAAGCAGCAAUGGAUGCCUUGAUACGGAACCAAGAAAAAGCUGCUCAAACCACUAAGAAAGUGGCUAGUUUUGCUCCAUCUUCAGAAACUGGUAUACCUCAAGAUCCAUCCAAGAAGAAACUUCCAGUUGGAGCUUCAGUUUCAUCUGCAAAUAUAGACUAUGAAUAUUUUGAAGUGGGUACUGGUCAGGUCUCUGUGGUGUACAGUUCACUUGACUUUGAGCCAGAAAUUUUUUUUGCCUUGGGUUCCCCAAUUGGUGUAUUUCUCACUGUAAGAGGAGUGGAAAAAAUUGAUGAAAAUUACAGACUUCCCACCUGCAAGGGAUUUUUCAACAUUUAUCAUCCGCUUGAUCCUGUGGCUUACAGGCUAGAACCAAUGAUUAUUCCUGACUUCGACAUAAAACCUGUUCUCAUUCCACAUCAUAAAGGCAGAAAAAGACUUCAUCUUGAAUUGAAAGAUUCUCUCUCUCGUAUGGGAUCAGACCUGAAACAGGGUUUCAUCAGUUCUUUGAAAAGUGCUUGGCAGACACUUAAUGAAUUUGCACGUGCUCAUACCUCCUCUACUCAACUCCAGGAAGAACUGGAGAAGGUGGCUCAUCAAAUUAAAGAAGAAGAAGAAAAAGAUGAGACAGAAGAAAAGAUGGUUGAGAGUCCAGAUCUUUCAAAAGAUGAAGACUUGAAUAUAAAAGUUGGUUUGCUAAAUGGUGGCCGUCGUAUUGAUUAUGUUCUUCAAGAAAAGCCCAUAGAAAGUUUUAAUGAAUACCUGUUUGCUUUGCAGAGUCAUUUGUGCUAUUGGGAAUCAGAAGACACUGCUUUGCUUCUCCUGAAAGAAAUAUAUAGAACUAUGGACAUCUAUCCUGAACAGCCACAAACAUUGAUGUAUGGGCAUCUGUUUUCAGAAUCUCAUUUCUUGUCGUCUGGCUUGCCAACAGUCUUUUCAGGAGGCAUCACCAAUUCCCUAGUUGCAUAUGGCAGAAGUCGUUUCAGUCUACAGCCUUCAGAGUCUCUACUGCCUCUUUUUGUCAAUUAAAAAAACAAACCAUGACAAACCUGGGGUGGAUGGAAAGAAAAUCAAGUCUGCUCUUCAGAGUCUUCAUAUGCUUUCCCCAACCUUGAAUCAUUUUUGGAAUCAUUGCCAAGCAUAAUUGACUGAGAAAUGUGUGGCAUGCAAAAUAAUUUUUCUGAUAUGUUUUAUUCAGUUGAUUUAUCAGAUUGGUAUCUUUUGGCAGGGCUCUAUGUUUUAGGUUUAUUUUCUUUAGACAUACUAUUGGUAAUCAGCAAUAAUAAUCUCUAGAUUCAAUAAAAAGGCCAUUUUGUCUGACUUCUUCUAAAUGCAGACCUACAUCCAAACUGCUUUAAUAAAGUUGAUAUCAAACUGUUUAUAUUUGUUGGAAUGAACAAUUCGAGCCAUUUGUUAAAGCUGGUAAAUUUAAAACAGAGAUUUUAUAAAAACAAAACAAAAAUAAACCUCCUGAGCCUCUGAGAAUGUGCUUAUAUUUUUGAUAUUUUGGGGAGAUAAUUCCCCCCCCCUCCAGAUAGUGUUGAGCUGCUGCAAAGUGGUUUAGUACUUAAACAUCUUGAUCUAUUUGUCUCUGGAUAGGAAGGAGAGAAAGAUGAGCUAAAUUAAUCUUGACUUGGUACAAAUGAAUACUGAUAGGUUGAGAAGCACGAGUCUUACAUAUUAUAUGAGGACUGGAUAUACAGAAGACGAGAACAUUUAUGGCCCUGCAACAGAAGAUUGUUUUGAGGAUUAGAUUCAGAAAAAAAUUCAGCAUUGCCAAGCAUACUUCACACUUUCUUCUAUGAAAUAUAUGACAGCUUACGAGAUACAUUUCAAAACACUGGACUGCUGUAGCUUCUUUGCUGCUGUUGCUGGUUGUUCCCCAUGGACACUGUCCCUUUUAAAAAGGCUAAAAGUGGUAUUGUGUCAGUUUUUAUUUGUGUCUGUUGUACAUUGGGGAUUUUCAUGGAUCAGUAGCAUUUUUCUUAAAUAUAUGAUUUUGAGGAGUGUACCUAUAUUUUUGAUACAGAUUUUAUUGCUGUGUUUAUCUUGAAGGAGAUCUUGAAUAGGUGAGGUGAUGCUGUAAUUAAACUUCUCCCUUUUGUAAGAUUUAUGCAGUAAAAAGGUUUGCAUAAAUCUUAGAAUAACAAGAAUGGAUUUAUUACAGUAGAUCAGUUAACUAUUUUACAUCUCUUUAUAAUUAUAAUAAUCAUAAUUAUAAUAUUGUGGCAAACAUUAAAACAUAUUACAAUACCAAUUUGCCUUUCUAGCAAAUGUUUAUGCUCUUUCAGCUGUGAUACUCUCUUUGUUUCAGAAAGCAACAGGACAUUUUCCAUUGCUUUUUUCCCCACUCUGAUUGUUUGGGCUCUAUUCUUCUCAAUGAAGAUUCUCUUCAGUCAUUUGUUAAAUUAGAACAAAUUCUGUCAGAGAAAGGGUAGGAGAAAAGGCAUCUUGUCAACUGGAAUAACAAGUGAAAAAGCCCUUCAAUAAAUCCUAGAUUAAAGUUGUCAACAAACAGGUUUCAGAAUUGUACAGUUGGUAUUCAGAUUCUCAGUCAGUCAUCCUGGGUGAAAUACCAAAGAAUGAUAAAUGUGCACAAGUUUUCAAGAACUGACAAAGUAUUAAAUGUACAGUAUGUGGUUUGCUGAAGUGAAUGUGUAAAAUGUAAUGUGUGCUACAAGGAAACAAGGAUGUCAUUACUUACAGUUUAAAGGAAUUUGCGUUGUUUUUCAUUUGUUCAAUAUUUCUGAGUGCUCUAAAAGGAAAUAGCUAUUGAAAAAUGUUUAUACUGGCUUAAUUGGUGGUAUAAAGCAUAGCAUUUUUCUUUGGUGUUGCAUAUUUUAAAUUAAUCAGGAAGAUCUAAUUUCAGCAUACAUGUACUAUUUAUUCAUCUUAGCAGAUGGAGAAAUAUUAAAAUAUGUAGAAUGUGAUAAUAGAAAGAAGGGUGUUUUAGGUUAAUUAGAAAGGUUGUGAUAAGAUCUAUGUUGAUACUCAGAUUGGAAGUAGUUUUCUUUUUUCUAUUCUAUAUUUUCUCUUUUUUGUUCCGUUGGAAGAUAUUUCUAAAUUUUAGUUAUGGAAAAGCUUGUUUUUCUUAUCUGUUCAAUUGUCUAAUUGUAUUUUCUGUUUGAAUUUAAUAAAAAGUAUUUAAAAAUAAA